GAACCGCGUGUAUCGUGUUGUUGUGAAUAGUUGUGAAUGAAAGUUGACACCUCGCCCCAGUCUUAAACAACAAGGAACGCCUAGAGCUUAGGUUCAAAGUUGACAAAAUGGCUGACGACGAGCGAGACGACAAAUUCUCAAGCGAGGAGGAUAUGGAGACAAUAUGGAAAGAAUUGAGCAAAUCCGUUCGUGAACCGUCACGACUGAUAACGGUGUAUCUGGGAAAGGAUGAAAACGGAUUUGGUUUCAACAUCAGAGGAGGGAUAGACCACCCUCAUAUUGGCUGUGACCCUGGUAUCUUUAUAACAACUGUUCGUGCAGAUGGGGCUGCAGGAAAUGAUGGUCGACUUAAACCAGGAGAUAGAAUUCUAGCUGUCAAUAGCACAAGACUAGACAAUGUCUCUCAUGAGCAGGCUGUCAGAGCCUUCAGGGUGUCUGAAGAUUACGUCUCCCUCCUGGUAGAGCAGGGUGCCGAAGCUGAAAUAAUGGGAGCUCAAUACUAUCCAACCACCCCUCGCACGCCCAAGAGCCCUGGCGUGGGAGUCUCGGACCAAGUGGAUUCCUUCCCGCCAUCUAUACAAGUGAAUGGUGAGGGUCAACACAAACCUGACGUUGUUUCUAAAGUGACAGCAUUCUUUGGUACCACUGCUGGGGCAUUAUCACUUGGUAUUGUGGCAGGAAGCUUAGUUGUUUUUGUUGGACUUAGAAUAUAUAAAUCUGGAACAAAAUAAACUCUACAACUACAAUGCCUUUUCCCAGGUAUUAUUUGAUGGACCAUUCCCAGUCAUUUUGUUGUGGGUUUUAAAAUGAUUUGUGGUUCUGAAAUGUUAUACCAUCGAAUGUCAUAUAAAACUCCUCCAAAAUGCUUACAUUUGUAUAAACAAAUAUUUCUUCUGAACAGUAUUAUUUGAGUUUUGUGCAGUAGAUUAUCCUUUGUAAUUUAAAAUUAGUCACUUAUCAGAUGUAUCAAGAAAUAUGUUUUACGGUAAAGUAUGUAUUUUUUAAGACUUUGUGAAAUAAAUUAUUAAUGAAAA